AUGAAGAUCACUCUGUCCCAACUCCUUGCAUUGGCAACCACAGCCAGCUGUACUGUGGUCAACCUCGAGGCUAGAGACACUCCUCUGGAUGUCAAGCUUACUUCUAUCGGACACUCCAAGGUCAAAGCUGUUGUGACCAACAACGGCGAGGCCAGUUACAACNNCCUCUUCUACAAGGGCACUUUCCUCGAUACCGCUCCAGUUGACAAGUUCCAUGUUUCCACAGCAGAAAACAAGGCUCCUUUCACUGGUAUCAUGCAACGCCUUGCUUACACCCAGCUUAGCGAAGAUGUUUUCAAGCCAAUUAUGGCUGGCCAGUCGAUUGAGGUUGAGGUUGAACUCGCCGAGUUGUAUGAGCUCACCUCUAGCGGAAAGUACGAUAUCCUUGCUGCUGGCGCCAUCCCCUACGCUUAUCUUAACUCUACUGCUUUGACUGGAAGUGCUCUUGCCUUUUCCAGCAACACGCUCUCCGUCGAGGUCGAUGCCGUUGAGGCAGCCAAGAUCGAGAGUGCUGUCAGCAAGCUCUCAAAGCGCACCACCAUCCAGAGCGACUGCAGUGGCUCUCGCUUGAGCGCUGUUCGCACCGCUCUCAGCAACUGCCAGAGAUUGGCGACCACUGCCGCCACUGCUGCCACCUCCGGCUCCGCUAGCAAGUUCCAGGAGUACUUCAAGACUACCUCGUCGAGCGCNACUGAUAUCUACGGCGGUUGCUCGUCUGGUGUGCUUGCUUAUACCCUUCCCUCGAACAACUACAUCGCCUACUGCCCCCUCUUCUUCAGCGACCUUCCUGGUCUGACCGGUCAAUGCCACGCUCAGGACCAGGCCACCACCGUCUUGCACGAGGAGACUCACGCCCCUGGUGUUUACAGCCCUGGUACUGAGGAUAACGGCUAUGGUUACAACGCUGCCUCUCGUCUCUCCAGCUCUGCUUCAGUCCUGAACGCUGAUUCUUAUGCUCUUUACGCCAACGCAAUCUACGCUGGAUGCUAG